AUGAAUCUAGUGAUUGAAAGACCUUCGAGAGUGAUAAAGAUUUGCAUUGCAAAUGAUAAUGACGGUGAUAAACUUAGCUAUGCAGAUAAGGAGAAUCGUUUUCGAAGAAAAACCGAAUAUGAAACCUGCAUUGAUGAAUGUGCAGUGAGCGAUGAAGUGCCUUUAGAUAUGCAGAACCUGAAUGCCAAGCAUCACAAGAAUAGCAUGUCUAUUGAUUUUUUUGAGCUGAAUGAAGAAGCAAGCUCUGCAAAUGAGUAUGAAGAUGUAGAUUGUUCACAGUAUAAUCGCAACAGGAUGAUAUUCGGAACAAAAUUUAUUGAGGCAUCAUUGAAGAACGACAUACGGGUGAAGAGCACAGUGUUUGCAAAUGAUGCAAUAUUUGUAUAUUUUUUUACUGUAAAUGACUCCAUAUCAUUCUACGAGCAAUUCAAUAUGUAUGCAGAGCUAUCAUUUUCAGAUUUGUCUGGAUUUGAACAAAUCCUUUCCAUGCCUUUUUCUGAGUGGACGAGCUUGAGUCUAAGCACUGCUGAUGGAAUGUGCAUUAAUGAUGAUUGUAUACUUGAUAAUUAUGUGCCAGUAGAGCAAUGCAGUCCAAAGCAUUUUAGUAGCAAUGAGAUGAAGAACCUGCUUUUUCCAGGUACAAUCUAUACUGAGCUACAAGAUAUUAAUCCGUCCAAAAUGUAUACAGGCAUGUAUUCAACAAUAGAGAGUAUAGUGGACCAUAGCAAGAUUUUAAAUGAGAUUAUUUUUGAAAAGAGAUGUGAAUAUUUUCUUAGUAUUAGGAAUUUAUUUUCAAGGGCAGACUUAAAAAGCAUGGUACAAGCGAUUGAGGCAGGUAACACUGAAUUUUUAUUUAGGAACACCAAGGAACUAGCAGUUGGAUGUAAGUCAAACAAAAUUCUUCAGGAAGUUAUUGAACAUCUUUCAGAGGAGAACCUUUUCAGAAUAGUUGAGAAUCUAGGUGAUGAUAUUGCACCAAUAGCAGCAAAUAAGCAUGGUGCUUACGUUGUGCAGAUGCUUAUAUCGAUGGCCAAGUUGCCGGAAACACAGUGUUUAAUUUCAAGAUGCUUUAAAAGAUAUGGAAGGUUUUUGAUAACGCAUGAGAUAGGAAACUAUGCGAUUCAAAAGAUAAUACGGUUUGAUGCAGACCUGAUAUUUGAAUUCUUUGAGUCACGUAUUAUGGAUGUUUGCAACGAUGAGUUGUGUGUAAGAAUACUCAAGAGAUGCAUGGAGUUCUUCUCUGAUGAUAAAUGUGCCAUGCUUCAGAGUGUCUUGGAUGUGCAAGAGAGAAAGCCAAAGGCUUAA